AUGAUUGUGGACUUCAGGAAGAGCACUGUCCCCCCACCCCCACCCUCCGUGAUGGACUCCCCCAUCACCUCUGUGGAGUCCUUCCGUUUCCUGGGCACCACCAUCACCCAGGACCUCAAGUGGGAGCCGACCAUCAGCUCCCUCAUCAAGAAGGCCCAGCAGAGGAUGUACUUCCUGCUCAGGAAAGCCAAGCUGCCUGCACAGAUGUUGGUGCAGUUCUACACGGCCAUCAUCGAGUCCAUCCUCACCUCCUCCGUCACCGUGUGGUUCGCUGGAGCCACAGUCAGGGACAAACAGAGACUACAGCGCAUUGUGCGCUCUGCAGAGGAAGUGAUCGGCCGCAGCCUUCCAUCGCUGCAGGACCUGUCGUCCUCUCCUCUGCUGCCAUCUGGGAAGGCUCUCUCUCCCCCCAUCCAUUACCAGCGUCCUGGGACAGACCCCUUCAACACUGCCCUGCCCUGUGAUCCCAGCUCAGAGGUACAGACUCCCUCGCAUCCAAGGAAAACAGGCGAACCCACAGGAGUCUUCUAUUUGCUCAUCUGA